AUGCGUGAGCUAGCUGUCGACAGAGAGGCCAUCUCCCCUCACCCGACGCCCAUGUAUGAGGACAGCCACGAUGAGCCUCAGGAUCCAGACUCGGAGAAACAGGCCUCAUCUGAUGAUAGUAAUGCCUCUUCGCUCUCGACGAGGGCUGCCAUCGACUUCCACCAGGACGACAUCCGCGACUCGAUCGGCGCGGUGGACGAGCAGGACAUCUCGCCCAAUACUGUGCGAAUGUGGACCUUACUCUUGGUCCUCUCGACAGUCAUCUCUGGCAUCGAUGCACUAUUCCAGCUGCGCUACCCUACCGUCUCGGUCGCCAGCAUCGUCGCCGUCCUCGUCGCCUGGCCGGUCGGCGCCGCAUGGUCGAUCUGGCUCCCCAACUGGUCUCUCCCCAUCGGAGGGGGCCGACGACUGAGCCUGAACGAUACCCGCUUCAACCGCAAGGAGCUCGGCUGCGUGCUCAUGUUUGUCAACGUCUGCAUUGCGGCCAAUCUCACCAACACACUCAUCGUCGAGCAGAUCAAGUACUUCAAGGUCGACCUCGGUCUAGGCAAGAUGAUCUUCUACAACCUCGGGCUGUACAUCAUCUCGUGGGGGUGGACCGGGUUGACUCACAGCAUCCUCGUGCGGCCCGCCAAUAUGAUCUGGCCGGGCGUCGUGGGCCAGCUUGCGCUCGUCACCAACAUUGAUCGGAUCAAUAGGCGGCUCAAGCCAAAUCCGGGCGACUACGACGGCAAGACAUGGAAGAUCUCGCCCAUGGGCAUGUUCGGCGUCGUCUUUGCUCUCUCGUUUGCCUACUACUGGAUCUCGGGUCUUGUCUUCCCUGCUCUCGCCUACAUCGGCGCCUUCAUCUCGUGGGCCGCCCCGAACAAUGCUACCGUGAGCCAAAUAUUCGGCGUCAAGACCGGCCUCGGCCUCAUGCCUCUAGCCUUCGACUGGUCUCAGAUCUCCAACCUAUCCAACCCUCUCCUCACCCCGUUCUGGGCCGCCUCUUGCGUCUUUGGGGCUUUCGCGUUCUGGGGAUGGGUCGUCCUGCCCGCAUUGUACUACACCAACACCUGGCAGACGGGUCAUUUUCCCAUCAUGACCAACAGCCUCUACACCGUUACAGGCAAGGCUUACGACGUCACCAAGGUGGUCAACAAGGACUGGACGCUGAACGAAGCGGCGUACAAGAAGUAUAGCUCGCUGAUGUUGCCGGCAGCCUUCGUCUUGAACUCGGCACUCGGCGUCGCAUCAUUUGCCUCGGUCAUUCUGGACCUCGCCAUGAAUUGGCGCAAGGAGGUGUGGGAGCCCUUCAAAGAUCGUAACGCCGAUAUUGCCGCGGUCGAUGGGGAACAGAAACGGGAGAGAGAGAAGGUGGUUCCGUUGUGGCUGUACGGCGCAGCAUCGGUCAUCGGAAUUGUGUUUGGCAUCAUCUUUGUGGAGGUCUGGAAAAAGGAAACCCAAGUCGGCGCCGGCGCAUUCUUCGUCUCGAUCAUCAUCGCCGCAGUGCUCUUCCUCCCUCUCGCCAUCAUCGAGGCCCGUGCCAAUAUCACGCUCAACCUCAACAUCUUCCUCGAGAUGGUCAGCGGCUUCUGGCUGCCCGGAAAACCCAUUGCUUGCAUGUACUUUGCCACUUCUGGUUUUGCGACGCUGCAACAUGCCAUGCACCAAUCGCAGUCUAUGAAGAUGGCUCACUACCUCGCCGUCCCGCCACGCACCGCCGCUCUGAUCGUCUUCCUCUCCGGCGUUUGGUCGUCGCUUGUCAAUUGCUCGGUGACCUGGUGGGCCCUUCGCCACACCGCCAAUGUUUGCACCUCAGCGGCGGAGAACAAUUUUGUCUGCCGGACAGCCAAGACAUCGUUCAACAGUCACAUCAUGUGGGGGCUGCUCGGCUCAAAGGUCUUCACAAAGGGAGGUCGGUAUGUCGAAAUCUACUACUUUUUGUUCGCGGCGGCGGCCGUGACGACGACGGUCUUUAUCAUGCGCCGGCGCUUCCCAGACUCAAAGUGGGCGUUGGUCAGUCCGACCUUGAUCAUGAAUGCCGGUACCCUCUUGCCCAAGAACACCGGCAUCAACUUCUCGUCAUGGUUCCUCGUCGCCUUUGUCUUUGGGUACCUCAUCCACAAGAAGAAGACAGCAUGGUGGCGCAAGUACAACAUGAUCACAGCCACGGCGCUCGAUUCCGGUGUCGCCAUUGCCGUUAUCCUCAUCUACUUUGCCAUCACGUACACCGGUGCCGGGGCGCAUAUCGGUUGGUGGGGCACAAAAGUCCAGAACGCGGGGUGUGACGCGAAUGGUUGCGCCCAUCUGAGCAUAGAGAGCCUCGUCAAGCCGACGGGGUGGUAG